ACGUUAACGCAAAAAAUUUCGCACUUUCAAAAAUAAUAACACCAAUAAUCAAGGGGUUGUUGCACUCUGGUCACUAAUUUGUUUCUUUUCUCUUUUAUCACACAAAAUCACCUGUAGUUCGCCCAGCUGUUCCAACUAAGGGUUGGUUGGGAUUGACAAGUGCGUGCCUGCUGUGCGGUGGACAUGCGUACUAAGCGCUUACGAUGAUUUUGGAAAAUAGCAAGAAACAAGAAAAGCAUGUAGAGUUCAACUUGUUUGCGUGUGAAAAAGUAAUAUUUUUUUUUCGCAAUUUGAUUACAAAUUUUUCAUCGAAAAUUUUUGUGCAAUAAAAAUGAAAAAAGAAACGUCUAGUGGUGCUAUUCGAAUUUGGUUUGUGUAGAAAACGAACAAAUAUGCACAAAAUCAUGAUAACAAACACACUUUGAGUCUGUUUAAUGCCAGCGAAGGACAUUCAAUUAAUCUAAUCCAUUAGCAGUACACAUGCGAGUAUAUUAAAAAGCGCACACACACACACACACACACACUUAUAUUGAAAAUGUACGAAUAACAGUGAAAAGCAAUUAGUCAGCCAAGUCAAGUAGCACAAAUAAAAAAUUACAAUAUUAAAUAUAAUAUAAGAAUUUACGUUAACGGCUGAGUGUGUGUUAAUGUCAUCAUUUAAUUUGCUGCUAUCGACCAAAAAUCGAUUGAUUGCAUAUUUGGUAUGCGAAGCACACAGACCAAAAAUCACUUGCGAGCGUCGCGUAAAACAUAUGCCAAUUGAAAAUUAAAAAUAAAUAAUAAAAAUACAUAAGUGGGGAAAAAAUAAAUAUUUAUUAUACAAUUUACGCUUGUAUGUGUGCGAUUGGUUUUUAGUUUCGAUUUAACACGCUGCGUGUGCAGUUCAAACUGAAAAUUUACUACGUUUAAUAAUAACGAAAACCAAAUCACCUUCAGAAUAUUGGAAUCAUACAUGUAUACAUACAUACAUAUGUACAUUUCGCUAGUUAUUCGAAAAAAAAAAGAAAUGAAGUGCUAACAAUUUAACGGUAUUUCAUCUGAUAAAUAAAUACAUAUACCGCAUAAGACACUGUGCGCUGUAAUUUUGUGCUGCAAACCACUCUGUGUAAAAAUGUAAUGCAUUGUUGUUGUCAAACGAAAAAGUAAAUAAAUAAAAAUAAAAAGACACCAGACAAGCAGUGACCUCUGACGACUGACAUCGCCGCCACCACCACCAAGGCGUAUUUCAGGCAACCCCACAAUAGCAAAGCACAUUGAAGAACUUAAAAGCCACACACACACACACAUACACACACACACACACACACCCGCACACCAAUAUGAACAAUACGAAAUGGAAUACCCGCAGUUUUCAUACGCCACGCUAUCAUUCACCCUCACAGCAGGAAGCGACAAUGCGUCGCAGUUUGGAGGAGAUCUCCAAGGAUAUUAAGGAAAUUGAGAAUGUCAUUACAGCAACUGAAAUCGCCGUACGUAAUGCCAAUAAAGCUGAGCCCAUGCUGAGACGUCGACGCAGCAAAGCUUUACCGAAUAAAGAGAACAAAACGCCAAGUCCCAUCGAACGACUGGCACAUGGUGGCGUGCAAAAGUCCACACCAGUUACUUUUAAAGUUAACUCCUUUAAGCGCCAGCGUCAGAAAAUACGUAGUCCACGUUUGACCAAUUCGAAACUUUAUUUUCGCAAUGGACGUAUUGGUUGUUUAGAGGCCGAUCCGCAUGGUUCGAAUGUGCAGAGUACACAUGCUUUGGUUAAGGAUAUACUGAAAUAUGUGCAUGAGAAACCGCUGGUGAGUCCGGAAAGUGUACGUCGUGUGUUGAAUGGUUCGAAUACGCCGAAUUCUGCUUCUUCCUCAUCAUCAUCAUCAUCAUCAACAGCAACAACAACAACAACAACAGCCCCAACAUCAGCAUCAACUACACCAGCAACAUGCGAAACAGACGCUGCGGCGCCGCCUGUCUGUGGUGUUAAUGGUAUGGCAAUGCAGUCUGCUGAGCCAGUGGUGCUGCUGCCUGGCGAAGUGGCCGAUGAGCAAGAUGUGGUGGUUUUGAAUAGUUUUUCGCGAGAUAGCAAUGCGACUAAUAUAAAUGAGAGCAGCAAUAGUCAUCAUCGUCGUGCCACAAGCGUGGCUUCUUCAAUGACUGAGAAUACCACUUCACAGUCUCAGCCCUUGGUUGAUGACGAUGAACAGGAUGUGCAAAUUUGUUAUGAUGAACUGCCGGAUAUAUUGAAUGAUGAGCAAAAUUAUGGGCCAGAGCUGGUGAAGAGUGACUUUGCUGCUGUCGAGCCGGAGGAGGAGAGCGCCACGGAUAGACGCUUUAGCGCAACAAGUCUCAACGCGGACGUGCGCGACCAGGUGCGCCAUUUGGUGCGUCGUUUCACGGCACGUGCCAAUAAAGUUAAAUCCCGCAUAGAGUUACCACCGACACCGUCGAGCAGUACCAGCGCCGAUGCUAGCACCAGCACCAGUACAGGUGGCUCAGCUUCACCUGUACGUUCGCUACCAACCGGUUUGAAAUCGAUCUGCACAACACGUGAGAAUUCACCAUUCAGAACUAAAUUGAAGGAUGCUGCCAAAUCCUUGAACCGUGGUAGACUCUUCGAGGCGGAUACUUCACGUUCGAAUGUGUGGAUCUGUUCCAGUUUAUGUGGUAGCAAUAAUGAAGAGAAGACUUUGGAUCCGCAGGGGAAAAUCUAUAUUUCAUGGUUGUGUGUAGUUUCAUUAUCCUUUCUCUACAAUGCUUGGGUUAUACCGCUGCGCUCGACGUUUCCCUUUCAAACGCCGGAGAAUACGAACACUUGGCUGAUUUGCGAUUUUUGUGCGGAUAUUAUUUAUCUGUUGGAUGUUAUAUUCUUCAAGCAUCGCAUUAUGUAUCUCUUUGAGGGGUUUUGGGUGAAGAAUAAGAAUUUGACGCGCAAGAAUUAUAUGCGGAAACUGCAAUUCAAGCUCGACUUGCUUGCCUUACUUCCGCUGGAGCUUUUCUACUUAAAAUAUGGUACGGGCGCUGUUUACCUACGCUUUCCGAGGCUGUUUAAAAUACAAAGCUUUUGGGAGGUUUUCAAAUUAUUGGAUCGUGUUAUCUCUUCGCCACAUUUUGUACGCGUCGCUAAAACCCUAACCUAUAUGUUGUAUAUGAUCCAUCUAACAGCCUGCGCUUACUACGCAUACAGUGACUAUCAAGGUUUGGGUGUAAAUCGUUGGGUUUUCAGUGGCAAAGGACAUCCCUAUGUGCGUUGCUUUGCGUUCGCGACUAAAACAGCGACAUCUAUAGGUAAAAAUCCCAAGCCUGAACGGGAAGGUGAAUACGUUUUCAUGACCGCCGCUUGGUUAAUGGGUGUAUUCGUGUUUGCGCUGCUCAUUGGACAGAUACGCGAUAUCAUCUCUACAGCUACGCGCAACAAGAAUGAGUACCGUCAGUUGGAAGAUGAGACCUUGGAGUAUAUGCGUCGUUUGAAUCUACCAAGUGAAGUGCAGGGCCGUGUGAAAAUGUGGUUUAAAUUUACCUGGGAGCAGCAACGUACAUUGGACGAAGCGAACAUUCUCGACUCAUUACCGAUCAAUUUGAAAACGGACAUCGCUAUCGCCGUGCACAUACAGACACUCUCGAAAGUGCAGCUUUUCGCCGAUUGUGAGGAGGCGCUUCUGCGUGAUUUGGUCUUGAAAUUGCGUGCCGUCACCUUUCUACCCGGUGAUUAUGUGUGUCGCAAGGGUGAGGUGGGCCGUGAAAUGUACAUUAUCAAACUCGGUCAGGUACAGGUGAUGGGUGGGCCACAUAGUGACAUUGUGCUAGCUACUCUCUCCGAGGGUUCAGUAUUUGGCGAGAUAAGCCUGCUGGGCAUUCAUGGCGCUGAUCGUCGCACAGCCGAUGUACGCGCCAAAGGUUACGCGAAUCUCUUUGUGCUCUCCAAAUCCGAUUUGAAUGAAGUGAUUGCCUACUAUCCCAAUGCGCAAGCGAUGUUGAAGAAGCGAGCACGCGCGCUCAUGCGUAAGAAUGCGGCACGUGAACGUGAAGAGGAACGCGCCAAAAGUGCGCUCAAAGCGGAUGUAGUCAUCAGUAAUCCAAAAACGCCGGAAACACCGCCAAAACUACUAAAGACCGUCAUACAGGCUUUGCCUUACGAGUCGCCGGCUGUAAUGCUGAUAACGCGUGGCUCGAAACGCAUGCGUAGGCGUAGUCGAGCGCAAGCGCUAGCGAGCAUAGAGGAUCAGGAGUGCGAGGAUACACAGAGAGUCAAUGUGGUAAAUGAGCAGCUUGCGGGUGUGGUGAGCGUGAAAGGCGCUGCGGGCAGGCGUGCCAAUUCACCCGACUUGCUGUUAUCUAUACAAAAUGAGCUGAAGACCAAACAUAGCUUCAUAAAUCUAACCGACUCGCAGAAAGCAUUAAUCAUAUCGAAAUCGAAUAACAGUUUAGUGGAGCAGCAGCAGCCGACGGCGGCGCAGCAACGGCACUGUGAAGAGUUGCCAUUGAGGAGUAAGUAAGGUGUUUGGGAGCGUCAUAAAUAACGGAAGUGCAUAGGAGAGAACUCUAAAGUUAACGGUUAUGUAUGUGAAAAGCUUUAUAGAUACACGUUUGCUUGAAGGUGAAAUUUAAAAAAAAAAAAAUUAUUAAAGAAAAAAGAGUAAAUACCAAAACUUGUUUUGAAUUAUCAAGAAUGCAAUAAAAAAUUUAAUUUUAUCAACGUGAGAAUUGAUGUUUAGAAUUUGCGCAAUUUAGAGAACCGGUUCCAAACCGUUAUUGUACAAUACAUACAUACAUACUUACACGUAAUUAACUACUAUGAAUGUAUGCUUUAAUCCAAUAAAAAGACAAAAACAAGAAAUAUA